GGGCAAGCAGUAAGACGUUAAGUUCGAAAUGGGCCAAUAGUUGAUCAAAGUGGGAAGUUUAAAUCCUGAAUGGCGGAAGGAGCCGGAAAAGUUGGAGUUAGAGCAGUGCAUUGCAUCCCUAUGGCACAAUUUCUGUUUGAGAGUGAUUUGCACGGGCUGUUGAAACUUGAUGCCCCGAUACCAAAUGUACCUCCUGCAAGAUGGCAGCGUAAGGCUAAGGAUGGUGCUGCACCCAGCACUGGAUCGGCCUCAGAUGCCAUAGCUCCUUCACCUAUGAAACCAGCUAACAGGCCUCAUAGUACCAGCAAGACUCCUUCCAAAACACCAGGCAAGUCUGGUUCCAAAUCACAAAAUACUCCAAACAAAACUGGAGGUGAUAGAUACAUCCCUAAUCGUAGUGCUAUGCAAAUGGAUGUGGCCAAUUUUCUCUUAACCAAAGAGGAAUCCUCUGAAGAGACACCGACCAAGAAGGAGCAUCAGAAAGCCUGGGCAAUGAAUCUUAAUGGUUUUGAUGUAGAAGAGGCAAAAAUCCUGCGACUAAGUGGGAAACCUCAGAAUGCCCCUGAAGGAUACCAGAACAAUCUCAAAGUGCUCUACAGCCAGAAGAGCACACCAGGCUCCACAAGGAAGUUAAACAGAUACAUAGCCUCUGUGUCAGAGCGGAUUCUAGAUGCCCCAGACAUUCGAAAUGAUUACUAUCUGAACUUAGUUGAUUGGAGCUCCCUCAAUUUUUUGGCCGUGGCUCUGGAUAAAUCAGUGUAUCUAUGGAAUUAUGAUUCCAGAGAAAUAAUCCAGCUCAUGCAAAUGGAAAACCCUGAUGACUACAUCUCUUCUGUUUCAUGGAUCAGAGAAGGAAAUUACCUUGCAAUUGGCACAAGUAAUGCCGAGGUCCAGUUAUGGGACAUCCAGCAGAAAAAGCGUCUACGAAAUAUGGUCAGUCAUUCAUCCCGUGUGAGUUCUUUAAGUUGGAAUAGCUACAUCCUGUCCAGUGGAUCACGGACUGGUCACAUACAUCAUCAUGAUGUGCGUGUGGCAGAACACCAUGUGGCAACACUUGCUGGUCAUACACAAGAAGUAUGUGGGCUAAAAUGGGCACCUGAUGGCCGUUACUUGGCCAGUGGAGGCAAUGACAAUCUUGUAAAUAUAUGGUCUGUUGCUCAAGGGGACAACUGGUCACCACGUCCUGUGCAAACUUUUACACAACAUCAGGGAGCUGUUAAGGCUGUGGCUUGGAGUCCAUGGCAAUCCAAUGUGCUGGCUACAGGAGGUGGAACAAGUGAUCGCCACAUAAGGAUCUGGAAUGUGUGUUCUGGGAGUUGCCUCAACACAGUAGAUGCACAGUCCCAGGUCUGUGCAGUACUAUGGUCUACAAACUAUAAAGAACUUGUGUCUGGUCACGGGUUUGCUCAAAACCAACUGGUAGUGUGGAAAUACCCAUCUAUGUCAAAGGUCACUGAGUUGAAAGGUCACACUGCUAGGGUGUUAAGCUUAACUAUGAGCCCAGAUGGAACCACAGUUGCUUCAGCAGCAGCAGAUGAAACACUGAGGCUUUGGCGUUGCUUUGAGUUGGACCCAGCACGCAAGAAAGAGAAAGAGAGCAGUACUAAAACCAGCAUUAUCCAUCAAGGAAUUCGCUGAGUUUCAUCUAACUCCCUUCCAAUCUAUUGCUUUAUGUACAGAAUUUUAAACUAUUAAUAAAUAUUUCGCUCUCCUUUAGAAAUAACGUUGGUAUAUGGAUUGAUAUAUGAAUCACAAAUGGUGGGAAUGACUUUAAUUGAUAUUGGCUGUUUGCUAGGACUUGGCUUGUAUACCAUUGUAAUAAAAAUAAACUAUCUAUUGAAGAAAAAUAAAAGA